AUGGCGUCUAAAGCUAUUGCUCCGAUUGAACAACCCAGAGGUGAUAAUAAGAAAAAGAAUUUAGGAGUUGAAGGAAGAAACAGAAAGGUUCUUGGAGAUAUUGGAAAUCUUGUGAUUAAUCCAGCAGAUCCUCAUGCUAAUGAGCCUAAGCGCAUCACAAGAAAUCAAUUAGCUGCUAUUGCUCAAGCAGCAGAGAAGAAUAAUAUACUACCACCUGAUGUUGUCAAUGGGGACUUAGUGGCUGCGAAAAGGAUGGAACAAGCUCAGAAACCUGCUGAACAUGAAGUUAUUGUUAUCAGCUCUGAUGAUGAAUCUGAAGUGAAAGAGAAACAGCGUCUGAAAGGAAGAAAGUUGAGAGAAAGAUCAAAGAUAAAUGUCAGGACAUUCAGUUCAGUGCUUUCAGCUAGAAGCAAGGCUGCUGGUAGAAGUGUGUCAAAUGAUAUGGUAAUAAUGAACAUUGAUGCAACUGACAAGGAUAAUGAAUUGGCUGCAACUGAGUACCUUGAUGAUAUUUACAAGUUUUACAAACUCAGUGAAGAUGAUUGUCCUGUACAAGAUUACAUGGUUUCACAGCCCGAUAUAAAUGCCAAGAUGAGAGCGAUUCUUGUUGAUUGGUUGAUUGAAGUUCAUCGAAAAUUCGAACUCAUGCCAGAGACUUUUUACUUAACUCUUAAUAUUGUUGACCGAUUCUUGUCCAUGAAGGCUGUUCCUAGAAAGGAACUUCAGCUUGUUGGCAUAAGCUCAAUGCUUAUUGCAUCUAAAUAUGAAGAGAUAUGGGCACCAGAGGUUACUGACUUUGUAUGCAUAUCAGACAAUGCCUAUAUUAGAGAACAGGUUCUGGUUAUGGAGAAAACAAUCUUGGGAAAAUUGGAAUGGUAUUUAACCGUUCCAACUCCUUAUGUUUUUCUGGUUCGGUACAUUAAGGCCUCUACUCCCUCUGAUGAACAGAUGGAGAAUAUGGUGAAUUUCCUAGCUGAACUUUCUAUGAUGCAUUAUGUUACUGUAUCAUUGUAUUCUCCUUCUAUGAUUGCUGCUUCUGCUGUGUAUGCCGCAAGAUCUACACUUAAGAGGAGUCCUUUUUGGACUGACACUCUCAAGCACUACACAGGCUACUCUGAGGAACAACUAAGGGAUUGUGCCAAACUGAUGGUCAGUUUUCAUUCUGCUGCACCAGAUAGUAAGCUGAGGGCGAUUUACAAGAAAUUCUGUGGCACAGAUCGUUGUUCUGUUGCUCUUGUGGCUCCAGCCAAUAACUUGUCAGCAGAGUCUUGA